CGCAACCCUCAGAGAGGGACCUCGUGCUAGCACAUCGGCGCAUGUCACAAAUUGCAGGCGUCGUUUGCAGUCUGGAGGCGGGUCUGUGUCAUUCAUACCCACUUGACACUGCAUUUAGUUAGAGUAAGGAGGCACAGUCAAACAGUCGAUGUAUGCGUGUACUAUCGCCUCUAUCGUCUUCCCCGAUCUCUUUGCGAUAAACGACAACGAGGCAAACAGUUGAUUUUCGAAACCAGCUGGAUUCGCGUGAACUGCGCUGAGGAAUAGGUGCAGCUAUGUGCCACUGCCACUACAAUGUGUCAAACCAUUCGAACACACAUAAUAAGAAAAAUGCGUCGCGCGAGCCAAUCAGUGUCCACAAGCUCACUUCUCAACUCCACCUCUUCUCACUUCGUCCCAGCAACCGUGAAGAUCUGGUCCAGCAAUGAAUAGGGCAAUCGGCGGAGAUUUGUGCUCGACAGGUAGCGAGGGUGGAACCUUCAUGAGCCCGAAUCCACUCUCGAGACCGUUCGCAAUGACGGGAAAUUUUCCGGUCUCCGGAUUGCCCGAGCACGGAACGAGGAACGGAAAUGCAAAUAUGUGCGGCCUACCGGCUAUCUCGGUAUCCGAGUUUGCCUCUCCCAUCACAACUACUCAGAGCAACGUCUGCUAUUUCAACCCAUCUGGAGCCACUCUAGCGUCGAUUCGCACCAACUGGGAGGGCGGAGAGCUGAUGUUCACGCCAAGAACUUCAACGCAGGCUCGAAAUGGAAUCGGUGACAUGUCGUACCGCCCUGUGCUAUCCCCCAGUCCGUUGCACCAUCCUGGAAUCCUCCGUCGAGCACCGUACCCCGGCACGUACCAUCCGUACGAAGCGGCGAGCAUGGACAUGCGCUAUUCUGUCUCAACUGGUCAUUUCAAGGUCCGGCGUCGACGUUCACGUACAGUCUUCUCUCAAGACCAGCUGACUGGUCUAGAAGAGGUGUUUGAACGUCAAAAGUACUUGACAGUGAGUGAGCGGAUUGAAUUAUCACUGCACCUGGGGUUGACCGAGACGCAAGUGAAGACCUGGUUCCAAAAUAGAAGAACCAAGUGGAAGAAACAGAAGAGCAAGUCGGACGACAUGUCGCCGUCACCGGAACAGCAAGCAAAUAAGGAACUUUCGUAUGUCAAGGAGGAGGACGAAGUGCAACACGAGUCAGAACACGAGUUGACUUGUACAGCAGACUCACAAAGCCCAACGAAAUCAGAUAAUCAAUGCCUGUAG